AGCCGCCAUGUUUUGUGGCCAGAUGACGUCACAGCGGCACGAAAUUUUGGUUGACGUUUCAUUUCAAUAAGUUUCCUACUUCAUUGGAUAAGUACCGUACAUAGAUUAUACACUUAAGUACCGUACUUCUAGUGAAUCGCAACAUUUCUCACUGUCUCAUUUUAUUUUUAAAAUGUGUUCGUUAGACAAAGUCUCUUCACCUAAAUUUAAAAAUAUUUCAUCUAAUGCUAAGCAGUCGCCUGUACAAAUAAAAGAGAGGCUCCGCAAGGUACGUUAGUGGUUAGAGCCAUAUUAAAUGCACCAAAGUUAUAGGCAGAACUAUAGAAACAAGGUACAAAAAUGCCGUGGAACGCUGCAAGAUAAAUUUCGCGAAUUAACUUUUGAAAAGGAUAAUAUGUGUAAUGUAUUAAAGGAACUAUAUAAGGAAAUGAUAGAUUUCUCAGAGGAUAUUUUAGAAAUUGAAGACAAUAUUUUACAGGAAAUAAAAAAUGAACUUAUUCAGGAAGAGUUGGAGUGGUUGUUGGAGGAAUACCAAAAAACACAUAUGGACGACAACAUUGACUGGUCAAAAAUUGAGCAAGAUAAUGUAAUUGUUUGUCCAAUUUGUCAAAGAGACAACUUUAUGUCAGUUAAUUCUUGUUUAAAAUGUCCCAGUUGCAACGUUCAAAUAAAGACAUCAAUGCAAACAUCAGAAGUCAAAGAACAUAUCUUCAAAUGCUUGGAUAAACAUAACUCUGUUUGUAUAUCGGAUCCACAAUUCACUGUAAUUAAGGAUACCAGUGAUUGCCAUAUAUAUUUAAUCUGUGAAACAUGUAAUGAAAUGACAUAUAUUUUGUAGAUUAAAAAUUUAAAUUGUUAA